UCAGCACUGUUUCACCCGUCAAACAGCUGACUUUUGUUGAUAGUUUGCCGAAAAACACAAAUUAUUUGCCGAAAUCCAACAUUUUCUUUAUAUUUUCAAACAAAACCAGUUACUAAACCAAACAAAAUGGGAACCUGGGUGCUGGAGGUGGCAAAGAUGGGCAUGUACAUGGCCUUUCCCGUGACUCUCUUCCACAUCUUCAAUCAGCCCGAGUAUUUCGAGGAGUGGGUGACCAAAAAGAAGCGCGAGCUGUACCCACCGGAGAGUAAAAGCCACCACGAGGAGCUGCAACGGGCGAUCCGGGAGCAUCAUGCCCAGCACGACGCCAAAAUGUUGAAGGCCAUGGAGGAAGCAGAGCGCAAGAAGUAGAUAUCCUGAUCCAGAUCCGCACCUGGAGCUAAUCCCCCGUUAUACAACCGGGGGCGAGCAAACAAACAAACGCAUCUCCCGGUGCUCCAAAAGCGGGAGUGACUAACCCAACCGUUCUGUAUUUGUGUGCGACGUAAUAAAGACUUGUUGUAUUGUUAACCGAAAAA